AUGGAAGGAGUGUAUUUGGAUGAGAAUGGGCAGUUGACAGUCGAAUCUGACAUUGUGAACUGGGUGCCAUUUCCCAACAAAUCUUUUGGCGCAGUGAAAUUUGGGAGCAAAAGCAGACAGGGAUCCUCAGGCACAAAAUUCACCAUUGACCAAGAUGCUCUUGAAUGGCCCAGGCUGUUCAACCAGACCCUUCCUUAUGCCAGGUGUACCAAAAGCUGUCGCCCUGGAUAUGCCAAGAAGGUUCAGGAAGGGAAACCCAUUUGCUGCCAUGCAUGUGCUCCAUGUGCAGAAGGGAUGAUCUCCACUCAGGAAGAUGCAGACCACUGCACCAAAUGUCCAGAAGAUCAACACCCUAACAAAGACAGAGAUCAAUGCAUCCCCAAAAUUAUCACCUUCCUGUCCUAUGAUGAAUAUCUGGGGACCCUCUUGGCUUCCACUGCCCUGUUUUUGUCCUUAAUCACAGGCCUUGUUUUAGGAAUAUUCAUUAAAUAUAUUGACACUCCCAUUGUCAAAGCCAACAACAGGGACCUUUCCUACAUCCUCCUUGUCUCCCUCCUCCUUUCCUUUUUGUCCUCCUUUCUGUUUAUAGGCCGGCCAAGGAAAGUGACCUGCCUUCUCAGGCAGACAGCCUUUGGGAUCAUCUUCUCAGUUGCUGUCUCUUCUUUGUUGGCAAAAACUAUUACCGUUGUGCUGGCCUUCCUGGCCACUAAGCCAGGAAACCGGGUGAGGAGAUGGCUGGGAAAGAGUCUGGCUAAUUCCAUUGUCAUUUCCUGUUCCGGUAUCCAAAUUCUCAUCUGUGUCAUCUGGCUGGGUAGCUCUCCUCCAUACACAGCCUCUGACAUGCACUCCCAGGCUGGAGAGAUCAUCCUGCAAUGCAAUGAAGGAUCUGUUGUCAUGUUUUACACAGUCCUUGGCUACAUGGGCUUCUUGGCUGCCAUCUGCUUCACGGUGGCUUUCCUAGCCAGGAAGCUGCCUGGGUCCUUCAAUGAAGCCAAGCUGAUCACCUUCAGCAUGCUGGUCUUCUGCAGUGUUUGGGUGUCCUUUGUGCCCACCUACCUGAGCACCAAGGGGAAGUACAUGGUGGCUGUGCAGAUCUUCUCUAUGUUGGCCUCCAGUGCUGGGCUCCUGGGCUGCAUCUUCCUUCCCAAGUGCUACAUUAUUGUACUCAGGCCUAGUUUGAAUACAAAGGAGCACCUGACUACAAAGACUUAA